AUGGCCUCUUCACUCUUCUCGAUCCCGCGGGUCGGCCGCCAGCUGAUUCACCAACUUCCCAAGCCCCAAUACAGAGCCUUCUCCGCCGGUGUGCAACGGUUCAGCGACUCCCUUUCGGUGCACCGCAACACCCCCCACAACAACCCGAGUCUCCCGUUCAAGUUUUCCGAGCAGAACCUCACCCUCGCCGAUGAGAUCCUCAAGCGCUACCCUCCCCAGUACAAGAAGGCCGCCGUCAUGCCUCUUCUCGACCUUGGCCAGCGCCAGCACGGCUUCACCAGCAUUAGCGUCAUGAACGAAGUCGCUCGCAUGCUCGAGAUGCCCCCAAUGCGUGUCUAUGAGGUUGCGACCUUCUACACCAUGUACAACCGCGAGCCCGUUGGCAAGUACUUCGUCCAGAUUUGCACAACAACUCCAUGCCAGCUCGGAGGCUGCGGUAGUACCGCGAUCGUCGAGGCCAUCACCGAGCACCUCGGAAUUACCCCAGGCCACACCACCGAAGACGGCCUCUUCACAUACAUCGAAGUCGAGUGCCUGGGCGCUUGCGUCAACGCCCCCAUGGUCCAGAUCAACGAUGACUACUACGAAGACCUGACCCCCGAGUCCAUCAAGACCAUCCUGACAGCCCUUAAGGACUCCGCCACCACCACUGGCACCAUCAUUCCCGCCCCAGGGCCGGUGAGCGGGCGCGACACCUGCGAGAACAGCGCCGGCUUGACCAACUUGACCGAGGUUGUGUGGAAUCCUGAGACGAUGAUGCGCAAAGACGGUGCAUUGGACGCUGCGCCCCAACAAUGA